CUCCCCACCUCCCUGGGCUGCAUAGAGGCGCCUAAGAUGGCGGGAGGUUCGGGGUGGUAGGAAGCGUUAGAGGUGAAGCGUAGCCGAGCGUCGAGCUCGGGCGGUUGGUCACCUGCCGGGACGCUCCUUUCCCGACCAUGAGCAACAUCUACAUCCAGGAGCCCCCCACCAACGGCAAGGUUUUGCUGAGAACAACAGCAGGAGAUAUAGAUAUAGAAUUAUGGUCAAAAGAAGCACCAAAAGCAUGUCGAAAUUUCAUCCAGCUUUGUAUGGAAGAGUAUUACAACAACACAAUAUUUCACAGAGUAGUGCCUGGCUUUAUAGUUCAGGGAGGUGAUCCCACUGGUACUGGAUCAGGUGGAGAUUCAAUCUAUGGAGCUCCCUUCAAGGAUGAGUUCCACUCACGAUUGCGAUUUAAUCGAAGAGGACUUGUUGCUAUGGCAAAUGCUGGGCCCCAUGAUAAUGGGAGUCAAUUUUUCUUUACGUUGGGUCGUGCAGAUGAACUUAAUAACAAGCACACAAUCUUUGGAAAGGUUACAGGGGAUACAAUAUAUAACAUGUUGCGCCUGGCUGAAGUAGAAGUUGACAAGGAAGAGAGACCUCUCAGUCCACAUAAAAUAAGAAGUAGUGAGGUUUUGUUUAAUCCUUUUGAUGACAUUGUUCCAAGACCAAAUAGAAAGCUGAAGAAGGAUAAACCAGAAGAAGAACCUAAAAAGUCCAAAGUAAAAGGCACAAAAAAUUUUAACCUGCUUUCCUUUGGGGAGGAAGCUGAAGAAGAAGAGGAGGUCAAUAGAGUUAGUCAGAGCAUGAAGGGAAAAAGUAAAAGUAGUCAUGAUCUACUAAAGGAUGAUCCACAUCUAAGCUCAGUUCCUGCUGUCAAAAGUGAAGCAGCGAGUGAAGAAAGGGAUUUGAGUGAGGAGGAAGAAGAACAUGAUGAAGAUGCUGAUAGUGUAGAAGGUGAAGCUGCUAGCAAUGAGAGAUUUCAAAUAAAAGAACGCAUUGCCAAGAAGUUGAAAAUUGUUACUAGUGAAAAUGCUAAACAGCAACUUCAAGAGGAAGAAACUAAGACAGUUUCAGUUAGAUUUUCUGCCCAAUUCCAGUUUUGCGGUUACUACAUUGAUAGAGAUUUACUGCCCAUUAACUUUGAUUCUGUUUCUCCUGACUGGCUUUACAUUCCCGGAAGAUUAAAUUCUUGUAAUUAUUUUUCUCUUUGCAGCGAGGAGCUACGGAAAGAAGCGCGACAGCUGAAACGUGAACUGCUGGAAGCCAAGCAGAAAAAAGAAGAAAGAGCUUUAAAACCCAAAGAAAAGGAAGAGGAGGAACCUGCUCCAAACAGUGUUGUUGAAGAAUACCUUCAGGAGAAGAGAAAAUAUGAAGACAAGCGGAAGCAGCAGCCAAAGAAAGGGGUUUCUCGCGAAGAUCAGACACUGGCACUGUUGGACCGAUUCAAAUCAAAGUUAACCCAGGCAAUUGAAGAAACUCCUGAAAAUGAGGUAUCUGAACCUGAAGUAGAUAAUGACGAAGGAUGGAUGUCACAUGUACUCCAAUUUGAAGAUAGAAGCAGAAAGGUGAAAGAUGCAAGCAUGCAGGAUGAAGACACUUUUGAGAUCUAUGAUCCACGGAAUCCUGUAACUAAGAGGAGAAGAGAAGAAAGCAAGAAGAUAAUGAGAGAAAAAAAGGAAAGGAGAUAAAACGAAUGUAAGGCUAGCCAGAGCUGCCUUGAAAAGUGACUGCAAUAAAGUGCUGGCUCUUUUGUAAACUGUAGUUCCUAAAAAUAUCACUGGGCAAGUGUGAAAAGGAAUCUCUCAAGAACCUGUUGUGCAGUUUUGAAGCAGAGCUAUCAUUUGUUUCUUAAGUUGUGCAGUCAAGUGCUCUUCAGUGCAUUCAUUAUCCAACUUCUCUAAAGGUUUUUAGAAUUACGUAUUUAAUAAAACAGCUGAC